AUCUGCUGCAGCACACGUUGCUAACUUUGCGUUGUGGGAAAACAUUUAGACAAUCGUCCCAAAACAGGUGCCAGCUGACCUGCAGGAGGUGGCGCGUGAAGUCACAGAAACAAACACCAGCGCUUUUCUUUUUUUACAGAAACGCGCCGCCCUGCGGAACGGGACCGAGUGAGGAGAAGAGUGGAGACAGUUUCAGAGUUGCUCUGAAAUCCCAAAUUCAAGUCAAUAUUUACAAAAGCGGAUUAGUGAUUAACUGUCCUCGUCUGCUGCAGCUGCUCAUAGUCUCACACACACAUACACACACACACACACACACACACACACAGGGCAGCGGGCAGCGGGCAGCUCGGUCACUCAGUCCGCUUCACAAUGCUGUGCGUCCGGGUCUGGAGAGGUCUGAGUCCCCUGUGCAGAGGAGGUCACCUGUCCGCAUGGAAACGGACCCAGAGCCGCACAGCAGCUUCCAGGCUGGACCUCAGCGGGAUGUAUCCGCCUAUUGCCACUCCGUUCACCCCCGAGGAGGACGUGGACUACCAGAAACUGGAGGGAAACCUGCAGAAGUAUGGCAAGAUACCGUUCAAAGGACUGGUGGUUCAGGGCUCCAACGGGGAGUACCCGUACCUUACAGAGGAGGAGCGGGUGGAGGUGGUGAAGACGGUCAGACGAUCGCUGCCCACGGACAAACUGCUGAUGGCCGGAUCAGGCUGUGAAUCCACGAGAGCCACAGUGCAGCUCACCGAGAAGAUGGCGGCGGCCGGAGCCGACGUCGUCCUCGUGGUGACGCCCUGCUUCUACAAGGGCAAGAUGGACGGCCGCGCUCUGAUCCAGCACUUCACAAAGGUGGCGGACAGCAGCCCGGUGCCGGUGGUUCUGUACAGCGUGCCGGCCAACACGGGGCUGGAGCUGCCGCUGGACGCCGUGGUGCAGCUGUCUCAGCACCCAAACAUCCUGGGCCUUAAAGACAGCGGAGGAGACAUCUCACGGAUCGGCCUGAUCGUUCACAAAACCAAAACGCAGGAUUUCCAGGUGUUGGCGGGCUCAGCAGGCUUCCUCAUGGCCGCCUAUAGCGUUGGUGCGGUUGGCGGAGUGUGCGCGCUGGCCAACGUGCUGGGCCGGGAGUUGUGUGAGUUGGAGAGCCUGUGUGUGUCCGGUCGCUGGGAGGAAGCCAGAGGCCUGCAGCAGCGCCUCAUCGAGCCCAACGCCGCCGUGACCAGGAAGUUGGGAGUUCCCGCCCUCAAGCAGGCGAUGGAGUGGUUCGGUUUCCACGGCGGCGCCUGUCGAUCGCCUCUUCAGCCGCUCACGGAGGCCGAGACUCAGCAGCUGAGGCGGGACUUUUCCUCCAACGGCUGGCUGUGAGGUGACACGGGCAGGGUGUGUGUGUGUGUGUGUGUGGGUGUGUUUUCACUUUACCUGGAAACACUUAAGCUGUUCAGUCCAUACACAGUGUGAAAUGACACGCUGGGGGAACACGGCAAAAAAAUACAUCUGUUGUUGACUCAAAUCUAAUCAAAUGGGUUCAAAUAUAUACAGUAUAUAUAUAUAUAUAUAUAGUUAUAGAUUUGUUCCUAAAUCAUUUAUGUUGAUUGUUUUGUUUCACAAAAAAAAUAAUUCCGAAGUGAAAAAAAAGUCCAACAUUUAAGUCGUAAAUGUACAAAUUUAAAAAAAAAAAUUCACAGCAAUGUCCAGAUGCUUAUGAUAAAAUGGAGAUUCUGGGCUGAAAUCACAAGUAUUCCCUUCUUGCUAAACACGAUUGCAAAGUGUAAUUUGAAUAGGUCGUCCACUGCAGACAUAGUACACGGCAAGCAACGAUGGCAUGAAGUCAUGAGGUCGAUCCAACCUUGCAAAGUGAAGCGAUGUGGUUCCUUUACAAAAACAAACACUUUUUUAGAGUUGGUUAUCUUUCUCGUAAAAGUGUGACUUUAAAAGGACGGAAAAAAAACAGAGAUCAGAGAACAUGUGAUUCAACAAAGCCAAUCAGAUGUGGCUCCCCUUCCUAUGUCACAUGACCAUAUUUUGCUCACAAGCCAAUCGGAGCGGACGAGGCUUUUUCAGGAGAGGGCUCUUAAAGAGACAGGCGCUAAAACGGAGCGUUUCAGAUCGAGAUUGAAUUCCGGUAUAUUCAGACGGACAGUAUGAGAAAAAUAAAGUGUUUGUUGAUUAUUGAAGCAUGUAAACAUGUUGAAUUAGAAACUCAAAAUUCAAGUAUGAACCUGCAUAUGAGCAUGAUAUGUCUCCUUUAAUCUCAGAGAAGUUUAUUUCUCACAAAUUUAUGAUUUUUUUUGUACAAUUUUAUUCUUGGAAAUUCUGAUCAUUUUAUGUCCAUGCACUUGUUUCAACAAUAAAAUGGCAUUUCACUUCAA